UUCAGUUGUCUAAAUGUUUGGUCUUCAGUUGUGGCUUGAAAUAUUAAGAGAGAAAGUGAGCAAAUCAGCUGGUGUUUGAGAAAGGAAGUAGGGGGAAUGUUUGUCUAUUCUUUUUUCCUGCUCUAGGAGUCUGGUCAGAGCCUCAGGCUGCCUCAUUACAGCUAAAUGACUGCCAACCUUCAUUCAUAUGACCGUUGAACUGUUAAGGUCCUGAUAAAAACUGACCACUCAGAGCAGACGCAGACCUCAAGGUUAUCCUGUGGCUCAAGUUUUCUUUAGAGGGCGAAAUGCUUAUUAUUUAAACCUGAACUUCACCUUGAACCUCAAGCUGACAUAUUGCUAACAGGCUUGGAUUGGAUUCAUCUUGGAAUAUCUCCCUCACUGUGAAGUUGUAUUAAGUGUUCAGACGCAGUGUCCCACUGAUCCCUCCUCACUCUUGGAACCUGGCAAAGCUGUCUGAGGCUCCCUGCACUACGGGCACUGCUGAUGCCUCAGAUGGACCCCCGGCUAUGCAGCUCCACUUCACACCUUUCAGUGUACCUUGGCACUCUGGGGGUGACAACAAUGAGCUGUCCAUGCAGUGGGGCCAUAUCUCCAGGCACUACAGCACAGACCGCAGCAGCUCAAUAGGGAGUAUGGAGAGUUUGGAGAAUCCGCCUAACCAGGGAUCCUAUGAAAGUCAUCUCUCUCCCAUUGAUCCUGUAAUCUUUAACAACAAACGUGACUCCGCUUACAGCUCCUUCUCUGCCAGCUCAAACACAUCAGAUUAUACUGUCUAUGUGAAACCUGAGGAGAUCAACUCAAUGGAUAGUCUCCUCCAGGGUCUGGGUUCUUCAUGCAGGUAUCCAGGCAGAGGGCAACAUUCUGCCCAAAGUGGCCAUGGAGGCAUGCAGGAUCAGAGUGAAAGCCUUAAAUCCAAGAUACUGUCUUACAGACCUGAAGCUAAAGUUCGGCCGUCUUCCUACAGUUGUGAGGAGGAGCAUUGUGAACCACCGCAGCCACCCAUGAGGAAGGGCAGUUUCAGGGCUACCAGAGGCAAACCAGGAAUCACAGAUAAACGCUGUGUAUCUGCUCCUGUUGGCAUUCCAAGUCUAACAAGCAUGGUUGAAAAGGAACCACCAAUUGAGGAAGUGCUGACUGGCAAUGUUUAUUUGAAUGGAAUUCAAGACAAUGAGCUAGACCUUAAAGGGAACAUUAUAGAGCCUUAUUACACCUUUAACUGUCAGAGAGAAUUGGGUAGAGAGAGCAAGGCAAGAGAAGCUGAGAAAAACCACUUAGAAAACCAAUCAAAAUCUGUAGAGACAUCUACACUUCCUUUGAGUUCCUUUUUGGAAAGAAAUAGUGAUGAGCACUUUGAUACCCAGCUACAACCAGAAAGUAGUCUCCAAUCAGCAAUGCAACGUCACAGCGCCCCUGAGAAACUUCUUGCUUCUCAGCUGCGUAUGAUGGAUUUUUCCAGUGACAAAAGUGACCGCUCUGACUCUCCCACUUGCCAGUGGUCACAGUCUCCACUGUAUAUGCGUGAGGCCAGCCCAGAAAUGGCUCAGGUUAAGUGGGGAGCAAGCAGGUGUUCCACGCCUGGUUCAUUGGCAACUUCAGAAUUUGAGGAUCCUGGGUUAGAAGAAGAAACAAUUGAAUCUGGACAAAAUCUAUGGGGGCAGUCUAUAAAUGUGCCUGGAAAUCAUGUGGGGAUCCCUGGACAUGGCUCCACCACCAACUCUCAGACCCUUUUGCAGAACUUUGGGACUCUAAGUGCUACAGUUUGCAUGGACACUGAUAUUUAUGAGAAUGGUGGAGGAGAAUUUAGGGUGGGUGAUGGCAAUGUCACAAAACAGUCACAGAAGCGGCAGUUCCGCACCUCCAAGUCACGUCGUAGAAGUGAGCGGUUUGCCACCAACCUGCGUAAUGAGAUCCAGAGGAAGAAGUCCCAGCUUCAGAAGAGUAAAAGCCCAAGUGGUGAGGAGACAUUGGAGGAAGAGCAGGUGGGAGAUCUUAACAUGGAGCCAGUUUCCCCCCCAGACAACCAUCAACACAGAGUCCAAACCCUUACAAGUCCUCUUACUAACCCUCCAACUGCCUCCAAACAGGCACUUCAACAAGUUCCAGCCCAUGAUACCACACAAGCUAAAGAACAUUCCAGAACCAUGGUUAGGAGCUGCCAGACUUCUCAAACCCAACCCCAGGUCUCUCAGCAUAGAAGACCAGUAGGUGUACAAGUUGUGGAGGAGAUGGCACCUGCAGGUAAACCACGCCGAUGGCACUGGACACCAGAACACAAGCUCCAACCAGAAAUGGAGCCCACUGAGAGUAAGAAGAAUGAGACUACAGGACCGAUAUGGUCUGGAAAAACAGGAACGACAAGAGGGAGAACAAGUUCCACCAGUGGUCGUUUAGGUCGAUCAGAUGAGUGUGACAUCCCUCCCUUUGCAGACCGCAGAAGAUUUUUUGAGGAAUCUAGCAGAAAGUUGAGUCAGUCUGUAACAAAUUUAUCAAGCCGAAAUCAGAGACCAGAAAAGCAGAGUAGACAGAACAAUCCAUCCUCACCUGAACCACUUGAGUUAGCUACUAACCUGGGCCGGAGGAGGUUCUCUUAUCAGGGUGUGGUGCAAGAAGGGUGCUAUGUCAACUCAGUGGACAUUAGGGGACACUAUAUGAGUACCUAUCAUGACCAAGAAAAAGCGAGGGAAAGGCUGAUAGAGAGAGAGCGAGAGAAAGAACAAGAGAGGGAGAGGAAAAUAGAACAAGAGAGAAUUAAAGAGCUAGAGAGACUUCAAGAACAAGAAAGGCAGAAGGAUUUGGAGAAGGAACAGGAAAGAUUGAAGGAGGAAAAAGAGCAACAAAGGGUAGAAGAUUGGGAAGAGAGACAGAGACUGCUAAAGAGAGAAAAAGAAUGGGAGUCCGAGAGAGAAUCCAUUCACUCAGAACACAAUAUUCGAAGUAACACGGUUCCUCAUUCUUUGUCUCAUGAUCGGAAGCAGCCUCCCAGUCCUCCAGAUCCUUCCUCUUUCCAGUCCUCUGAGAAUUAUUGUAGCAACACUGCCACCAACGUCCAAAAGCCUUGCUCAGCAUUUCACCCAGUGACUGGCCAGCACAGCCAGUAUGAUGGCUACUACAUAAAUCCAUCCUACAAUGCCAGGAGUUACACCCCAUCAGAGGCCCAUCCAGCACGGGAGCAGAAACAAACAAAAAUAAAUAGGAAGUUCAGCCUGACAGAGAGGGACUAUACUAGGUGUAGGAAAGACUCCAGCUUAGGAGAGGGUGGCCCUGGCUUUGUGGCUCAAAACAUCAACAGUGUUUCAGUUGCCAGCACUGAGGGGCAUCCAGGUCUGUUCUCACCCCUUAGAAACCGUGCCAUGUCAGAGAGUGACAUACGUGUUGAGACACAGGAUCGCCAUAAUGCCAUUUCUAUCACCAACAUGAGCAGAAUGCGUGCAUCCACUCUCAGUGAGCUGGAUGAGAAUAGAGUAUGUGUAGGUGAUGUGAAGAAGAAAAAAGUUCCUCCACCUCCUCGUCCACCACCCCCAAAAUGGGAGCAGUUUCACAAGAGGCAGGCAUCCCAUCACAACCUCUUCUCCUCUCAUCCACUAAUUUCCUCACACUCUUCAUCUCCACCUCGGCCACAGCAGUGUACAUCCCGCCCCCCCAGUGUGCCUGAAAUGACUCGUCAGUGCUCUUAUAGUCUUCCUCCAAAGGAGGUCCAAGAGAACCAUCACUGCUGCUGCCAGGACUACUCAGCAGCUCCUCCCAGCCCUGCCUUCAUGUGCCGGGCUUUUAAACCUGUAGCCCAGGCUGCAAGAGAUAGGGACAUAUCCCCUCAGAGUUAUGACAUGAGAAGAGAGUUUGAUCAACCUUUGCCACAGCCUGAACCAUGCACAAGUUUCAGAGUACUUGUCCAUACUGCCACAGUGUCAGAACAUGAACCUAAAGCCAUGGUAAAGGCCAACUUUCAUGAGCACCUUGUAGAGUGGGAUGGGUCCAGUCCUCACCACUCUGUUGCACAGAGCACUUCUAGGUUUGUGGAAGUUCCAGAGAAAAGCUCAUCAGCUGGGCCUGUGUGUCCUGAAUCCUAUUUCUCCAUGAACAACUACCACUUGCAUCCCCAGCAAGCAGGCUUCCCUGGCACAGCCCACAAGAAUCAUAUUUUUUCCUCUCACAGUCCAAGUGGUGGUGAGGAUGGAAACAUGCCCUUGGAGACAGACAUCGAUGAGAUCUGUGAGAAUGAGCGAGCAGGAGAGAUAGAAACAAGGGAAGCAGAGGGCAGGAUGGAGAUGAAGGGUUUUGCAAGACAAGUUAUGGUGCUGGAAACAGACAUUGACAACAUGCCUGAGGAAGAGGCUUUAUCAGCAAGAGUUAUUAGAGGACCGAGGGGUUCCCUGGUGGACUUAAUUUUAGAGGAAGAUUAUGGUAUAACUAGGAAGGAGCUGAUAGGAGAGUUAUUUCCCCAAAGUGCAGAGAUUGGGAUGGGUGGGGAGAGCUGGAGAGGAGGCUACCCAAUCAGUGGAGGAACUCUCGAAAGGCCUUCUAAAAUGGCAACAUCCACAGCUCAAGCCUCACGGUCAAUCUGCUAUGACACAUCAGCUGACAACACCCAACUUCUUGCCAAGAUCAGAGAGAUAUCAGAGAGGAAAGAAGAGGAGGAAGAACUCAAUUAUAAGAAGCAGCUUAUGGAGAGUCUUUGUAAAAAGCUGGGUGUCCUGCGUGAGGCCCAGAGGAGUUUGCAAGAGGAUAUUCGGGCCAAUGCCCAACUGGGAGAGGAGGUGGAGAGCCUGGUGCUCGCUAUCUGCAAGCCUAAUGAGGUGGAUAAGUAUCGUAUGUUCAUUGGUGACCUGGACAAGGUGACCAGUCUGCUGCUCUCACUUUCUGGAAGGCUGCUCCGGGUGGAAAGUGCCUUGGACUGUGUGGACCCAGAGAGCAGACACAGCGAGAGGCUACAACUGCUGGAAAAGAAAAAACAGCUCCUGGUGCAGAUGGGAGAAGCUCAGGAGCUCAAAGAACAUGUAGACCGGCGUGAGCAGGCUGUUGGUAUUGUGUUGUGUCGUUGCCUAACCCCAGAACAGAUGCGUGACUAUGGUCACUUUGUGAAGAUGAAAGCAGCUCUUCUGGUAGAACAGAGGCAACUGGAUGACAAGAUCAGACUUGGGGAGGAACAGCUCAGGGGACUCCGAGAAAGCCUUGGCCUGGGUCUGGGGGUCGGUCUGGGGUUCGGGCAUUACUGAGAAGUGGUUUGAAAUACAAGUGUUAUUUUAAGAGGACAAAAUGCUUUUGGGAAUGUGUAUAUAAUGAGACUGAAAUGACUAAAAUAAUGGCCAAGAAUGGAUAUUACAAUGAAGUUUCAAUACCGAGCACAACAGCCAUAUUAGAUUGAACUUGGACUGAUGGUUGGGUUUUAAAUCAUUAACUUCUGAAAUAAAAUUACAUCACUACUUGAAGUUGUCUAUAAGGACUUCACUGCAGCUGCACUAAUAACCAUUCAGCAAAAUUAAGUUAACCUCAGACACUACUCUAAACUGCCAAAGAAUUUGUGUGCGAAUGUGUGUGCUUAUUUUUUUGCUUUGAACACAGCAGGGGCACUGCUAUUUAUUUAUUUAUUCACACACAUUAUAUGUAUCAGUCAAUUAAGCAGAGAAUCCUGGGUGCAAGGCCACAUUUAUUGAAGAAAUUAAGAUAUAAUAAAAUAUGAACAUUCAGAUGUUAUGGACAAAUAUUUGGCAACAACUAGCAGUCUGAUUUUAUUUCAUUACAACCUUUGGCUCGGUAAAUGUUGUUUAAAUAUCUUAUAUAAAAAUAUAUAUAUAUUUGUGAAGGAUUUCUAUGUGCUUUGAAUAACUGAAUAAGUCAGAAGUUUACAUACACCUUAGCCAAAUACAUUUAAACUCAGUUUUUCACAAUUCCUGACAUUCAAUCUUAGAAAACAUUCCCUGUCUUAGGUCAGUUAGGAUCACUACUUUAUUUUAAGAAUGUGAAAUGUCAGAAUAUUAGUAUUCUUAGAAUGAUUUAUUCAGCUUUUAUUUCUUUCAUCACAUUCCCAGGGGGUCAGAAUUUUACAUACAAUUUGUUAGUAUUUGGUAGCAUUGCCUUUAAAUUGUUUAACUUGGGUCAAACAUUUUGGGUAGCCUUCCACAAGCUUCUCACAAUACACCAGCCAGAAUUGGUGUAAUUGAGUCAGGUUUGUAGGCUUGCGCAUGCUUUUUCAGUUCUGCCCACAAAUUUUCUAUCGGAUUGAGGUCAUGGCUUUGUGAUGGCCACUCUAGUACCUUGACUUUGUUGCCAUUUUGCCACAACUUUGGAGGUAUGCUUGGGGUCCAAACAUAACAAUCAUUUUGGCCAUAAAGUUAAAUUUUUGUUUCAUCAGACCAAAAAGUAUGAUAAUUGUUCCCAUGUGCACUUGCCUACUGUAGUCUGGGUUUUUUUAUGGUGGUUUUGGACAUUUCUCCAAAAAGAGGAACAGUGGCUUCUUCCUUGCUGAGCAGCCUUUCAGGUUAUGUCGAUAUAGGACUCGUUUUACUGUGGAUAUAGAUACGUGUCUACCUGUUUCCUCCAGCAUCUUCACAAAGUCCUUUGCUGUUGUUCUGGGAUUGAUUUUCACUUUUCGCACCAAAUUGCAUUCAUCUUUAGGAGACCGAAUGUGUCUCCUUCCUGAGUGGUAUGAUGGCUGCGUGGUCCCAUGGUGUUUAUACUUGCGUCCUAUUGUUUGUACAGAUGAAUGUGGUACCUUCAGGCCAUUUUAUUUUUAGAAAUUGCUCUCAAGGAUGAACCAGACUUUUGAACCAGACAAUACCUCAGACUUUUUCUGAGGUAUUGGCUGAUUUCUUUUGAUUUUCCCAUGAUGUCAAGCAAAGAGGCACCGAGUUUGAAGGUAGGCCUUAAAUACAUCCACUGGUUCAUCUCAAACUCAGUACACAUCCUAUCAGAAGCUAAUUGUCUAAAGGCUUGACAUAAUUUUCUGGAAUUUUCCAAGCUGCUUAAAGGCACAGUUAACUUAGUGUAUGUAAACUUCUGGCCACUGGAAUUGUGAUAUAGUCAAUUAAAAGUGAAAUAAUCUGUAUGUAAUCAAUUGUAGGAAAAAUUACUUGUGUUGUGCAGAAAGUAGAUGUCCUAAACGACUGUGGAGUGGUUAAAAAAAAAAUAGUUUAAUGACUUCAAAGCUGUUACAGAUGUGAUGUCAGCUCAUAUGCACAACCUUUUUUCACAAAACAUAAAUCGAUGAUAAAACCAAAGCUUCAAUUGUUUUUUCAAAAAGUGUAUGUAAACUUCUGACUUCAACUGUAGUGAAUGGUAGUGUGCAUCUUUUGUUAUGUUAUUAGUGUUACCAAGAGGCACCCCUUUGUAUACAUACAUUUCAUAUUUAGUAUGCCUUAUUGUUCUUACAACACUUUGCUCAGCUAAAUAUUGUUGCCAAAGAUUGACUUGAUGUCUUUGUAAGCAUAAGAAUAUUAAUGUGCUGUGCCUACUUUGUGGAAUAUCAUGCAUAAAUACUCUUGUUAAUUAUCCUAAAAACACUGCCUUACCAAAACCCUUGUAUGAAAUUACAUUGAUGGGAAUUUUGAAGCCCAUAAAUGGACAUUUCAAUUGAAGUAUGGUUUAAAAAAAAAAGUUUUCAUUUAAAUUAGAUGCACUGUGAAACCUUGUAUCUCACACCUUGAAAUGGCAACAUCUGGGGCAAUGCUACUUGAUUUCCUUAUCCUUGCGGGAAACUGGAAAUUUCUCUAGAAGGAAGAAGAAUGCUGCUUCAUUGACCAUUUACUGCCUUGAAAGUCUUGUGUUGUUUUUUGCCAACCAAAAAAGGAGCAAGAGUUAAUAAUUUGUAUUUGAGGGCUUCCGCAUUUGAUUAUAGGCUUAGAGUCCAAAAAGGAAUGAAUGUAUGUCUUUGCUAUCAAAACUGCAGCUUGGCAAAAAAGCAAACGUUCCCUUGUGCUUAUUUUUGUCAUUUUGUUUGCUUUAUGGUGCAUACACUUAUAGUUUAUCAUGUAUGGUAAAUAGAUAAGUGCCAGAGAUGUAAGGAAAUAUUUGGUCUAUUGAUAAUGUUCCUGCUUUUGGGGGAUUGAAAAUAUUGUUUGUAAAAACAUGUACCAUUAAAGGUAAUAAUAUCUUAA